ACCGUCUGGCGCGCUUCCUUCGUCGCCGGUGUGUGAUUGCCUGUCUUGCGCCGAGACGCCGCGGCCUCCCACCAUGCCCGUGUAAGUGGACGCCCGGCCGGUGUGUUGAGACGCCGUGACGGAAGCGCGUCUACCUUGCGACGCCCGCUAUCGUCGUUGGCGUACGAUAUGCGGCGAUAGCGGUCGCUCCGCCUGGCGUGCCCCUAUCGACGGUGGGGGGGCGGCAGGGACUGAAACGGUGACGCUGGUUUUGCGCUACUCCUUUGUCGGCCCCUUGUUCUCGCACAUGGCGCGUCGUGGCUGAAGUGUCCUCGUCAGGUGUUCGGCCCGAACCACUUUCUUUUUUCGCUCGUCCGACAGGCCUCUCGACGACGCGGACAACGCGGACGAGAUGACGGCGUUCAGCGACACCGAUGAAGACACCGCACUGCUGGACAGAAGCCACAAGGAGCAUGCGGUCGAGAAAGCGACGGGCGAGAGCCCGAAGCCGUACCCGAAGGCGGUCUUCUUCAUCAUCGCCACGGAGUUUUGCGAGCGGUUCUCCUACUAUGGCAUGAGAACUAUACUGACGUUGUACCUCAUAAACAUGUUGAUGUUCGACGAGAGCACUGCAAAGUCUAUAUACCACGUCUUUAUCAUGGGCUGCUACUUCUCACCGGUGCUCGGAGCAAUGAUUGCCGACUCGUAUCUUGGAAAGUUUAGGACCAUCUUUUAUAUUUCCAUAGUGUACGCCAUUGGAAACAUAACUCUGGCGGUUUCGGCAACUCCGCCACUGCUGGAUCAAAUCUGGAUACCUAUGGUGGGCUUGACGGUGAUCGCGUUUGGAACGGGUGGCAUCAAACCAUGCGUUGCUGCUUUUGGUGGAGACCAGUUCGGUCCUGGUCAGGAAAAGCAACUGGAGCAGUUUUUUUCGUUAUUCUACCUGUCCAUCAAUGCCGGAAGUUUGCUGUCAACGUUUAUAACACCCAUUCUUCGAGUUCAGAAAUGUAUGGGGCAGAUGUAUUGCUUCCCGCUGGCCUACGGCGUUCCGGCAGCUUUGAUGGUCGUUGCUCUCGUUUUGUUCGUGAUUGGAAAGCCCAUGUACAAAAUGGUCCCACCCGCUGGAAAUGUGGUUGUACAAGUCAUGGGAUGCAUAUUCCAUGCCGUAUCUGUACGGUUCAAAUCCAAAGAGAAGAAGGCCCACUGGUUGGACUACUCUGAAGACAAAUACGACAAAUCGCUGAUUUCAGACAUUAAGGAUCUACUUCAUGUCCUCGUUUUAUACGUACCGCUUCCUAUCUUCUGGGCUCUGUUCGACCAACAGGGAUCCCAGUGGACACUCCAGGCAAACAAAAUGGAUGGAGAAUUUUUUGGUUUGCAAGUUCUACCAGACCAGAUGCAAGUCGUCAAUCCGUUCCUCAUCCUGAUUCUUGUGCCCUUCUUCGCCUACAUAGUCUACCCCCUAUUUGCACGCUGUAACCUUCUCAACAAACCUCUUCAGAAGAUCACAAUAGGAGGUCUGGCAGCGGCUGCAGCAUUCGGAGCUGCUGGAUGUUUGGAUCUUGUCUUGGAGAGCCUCGAGGAGCCAGCCAUCGCGCCGGGCUUCACUAAAGUGACGUUUGUGAACACCGUACCAUGCCCAAUCAAAGUUUCUGGUCCUCCAAACUUCGACCACGAGAUUGGCGUCGGCAUGAUUCACGUCGAGAAAACGCUUCCAGCUUUGACGGAGACUUCGUUCAGUGUCAACAGAGGUCCAUCCUGCCCGUCCACGUUGCAAGAAGCCACUGUCAAGUUCACCUUUGAGGAGAAGAAAGCGUUCGCUGUGGUAUUUUCUUUGGAUGUCAGUGACCCAACGAAGAUCGUCGCUUCCCAGAUCCCUCACACUCACCUGAAGUUCGAGAACCUGGAUUCCGGAAUGCGAGUUUUGUACUCCGUUCAGGAAAUAAUUACGAAAGUGGUCUUUGAAGGGGGUGCCAAAGGGAAAGAGGUUCUUUAUCCUAUAACGGGAAACUCAUCCACGGGAUACACCAACCUGAGCAACAUAGCGCCUGGAAAGUACGCUGUCAAACUGUUGACCGUGGAUGACAUCGUAGUAGCUACUUGCAAUACUGCGGUGAGAAAUGGAGGCGUCUACAUGAUGACAUUCGUGCAAGACCAGAAUAACAAAUCGGUGCAGUGCAUGACUCACAUGACCAUCGAACCAAACAGCCUGCACAUGUUUUACCAGAUACCGCAGUACGUUUUGAUCACAGCAGGCGAAGUUAUGUUUUCUGUGACGGGCUUGGAGUUUUCCUACUCUCAGGCACCCACGUCAAUGAAGUCCGUGGUUCAAGCUGCCUGGUUGAUAACAGUCGCAGUUGGAAACCUGAUUGUUGUUAUCGUUGCCAAAGCCAGAUUCUUCAAUAAUGCGUCGGCGGAAUCCUUCAUGUACUGCGGGCUCAUGGGACUGGACAUGUUGAUCUUCGCUAUCGUGGCCUACUUUUACAAGUACAUCACUCCAGGAUCUCGGAAUCCCGCAGUAGAGGAUGAGAAGCACUCUUCUCGGGAACCCCCCGCCUACCAAAACAACGUUUUCGAAGGAGACACCAAGAUGUAAAGAACUGCGUCAUAUCUCGUGACCCACACUCGACAAAAAUUCCCUCGCAUCUCUCCACUUCUCCGGGGCACGCUGAUAAAGAAACCGACGCCGCAGUUUACUGAUGGAGCCCAGCUAGUGAUGAGGCUUGAAAAAACACAUUACCCGUCCACUUAAAAAGCAAAAAUUGUGCGGAAAUAUUCAGCAUAUGAAACGGCAUGGUCGGUGUCCCUACGCACAUACGCUGUAUUUCCAGGUGAAACUUGGAAAUCUCUUUGGCAUCGUCAUUGGCUUAGCUCCUUUCAUAGCCCUUAAUGCUUGACUUUCGCGUUGUCUGCGAGGAAGUAGAAGACACGCGGGCAUUUUCUAGAGUGCACCUUUGACCGGUGCCUCCGUGGUGCCUUCACAGAACUGAGUUAAGCCAGAAUUUUGCACGCGAUGUGUGUUAUUUAGUGAGCGACACGGCUAGGGUCAUCGCCUUCAUAUUUCGAGGAGCGGGCUUCGGGUGAUCUGGUAUCAUCUGGAAUUCGUCGUCACGCGCGAAUCUUCACCUCAUCGAAGGAAGCGAAGAGACUUCAUAUUAAGCUUGUCUCUGAUGUCGUGGGAGACGUGUUUUAUAUGUACAUAUGCAGCAGUGAUUAAAGGCAUGGUCCUUUACUUUUUAUAGAAUGAAGAAUGCUUA